CUGUGGUUUGCCCAGCCUUGGGGGUACAGUCCAGGCCAGACCCCAGGGCUUGUUUCCUGUUACUUUUUCAGCAUUGGGGGAGCAGCAGAGCUUCAUGCUUGGCUGGGAGAUGGGUACAGCCCGAUGCUAGGGAACCAGCCCCCUUGUCACAGCUCCACAGUUGCAGGGUGGGACCUGGCCACACCAGCCAGCCACAGUGUCCCGCACUACCCAGGCCAGGCCCACACAGCUCUGCUCCUGGCUUCCAUGGAGAGGCCGGGAGGCCAGACACAGCUUCUCAAGAGGAAGGGAUCCCCUCACGACAUCCCAGAUCUACACCAAGGAAGGUCCGGGGACUCCUUCCCCAGUAUCUCCACCCCUGGUCCAUCACGAGCUGCUGAGGCCAAAGAUGCACCCUUUUGGGGACCGGCCAAGAUGGCAGCACUUCCUGUGGGGUGGACGCUCAGGAAGCGCCUUGGCUGCUCUCUUGGGAGCUCACAGGCCACCCCGGCAGACAAGUGCGUGGUACCCAGGAUAGGUGGAGAGAGGCCGCUUGACACUCACUUUGCAAAAGCAGGUCUGAUCAAGAUGCUUUCCGUUUCUCCCUUCCCUUUGGCAGUGACCUUGUUUGAGCUCACAGUUGUCAACAACUGGUACAUCAUCAUGGAAGGCAUCACCUCGCAGACCUCCCACUGGAGCCGCCUCUACUUCAUGACCUUCUACAUCGUGACCAUGGUGGUGAUGACUAUCAUUGUCGCCUUCAUUCUCGAAGCCUUCGUCUUCCGCAUGAACUACAGCCGCAAGAACCGGGACUCAGAAGUUGACGGCGGUAUCACCCUUGAGAAGGAAAUCUCCAAAGAUGAGCUGAUUGCUGUCCUGAAGCUCUACCAGGAGGCCUGGGGAGCCGCCUCUGACAUCGCCCAGUUGCUCAAGAUCCUCUCCCAGAUGGAGAGAUACGAGCAAAAUACCUUGGUGUUUCUGGGACGGAGAUCGAGGACCAAAAGCGAUCUGAGCCUAAAGAUGUACCAAGAGGAGAUUCAGGAGUGGUAUGAGGAACACGCCCGGAAGCAGGAGCAGCAGCAACGACAGCUCAGCGGCUGCGUGGUCCCCACCACCCCGCAGCCUCCAGGCAGCCGCCAGCGCUCCCAGACCAUCACCUAAGCCCAGCCUGCAAAAGCCAUCUCUUCUAUGCAAUAACACAAUAGUAUUAUUUUACUACAAUGUAUCAGAAUAAUGUGUGUGUGUGUAUAUAUAUAUAUAUAUAUAUGUUAUAUAUAUAUAUAUACACAUACAUUCAUAAAUAUGCAAAUAUUUAUAUAUAGGAAAAAGGAAAGACAGGCAGACAAGUUGAGGUUUGGUUUGUACCCACCUUGCCCUGUUAACCCCAGAAGUCAGUUUCAUUUUGGGGGGAUCACGCCACUAGGAGCUCUUCUUAACAUGGAAAUCUCCAGAAGGCCCCUUCACAAGAGCACUUGAAUGGAUUCUGCCGAUCUCUGCAGGGCUUGCCUUCAGCGUGGGCCAGCGUCCCUAGGCCAGAUCCAUACCGUCUUCCUGAUGCUGCUCUCAGAAUCCCGCCCAGGCUGACAGCUAGCUUCCCCACUAACCUGCCCUGUGGCCCACAUCCUGGGGUGUCUGUGUUCUGCUUUAGGGACAAAACCACUUAGGAAGGAAAGAACCCACAUCCUUGGGUUGGUAUGUCUCUAGAUAUAAUAAUGAAAUUGGGCGUUCCCUUGGGGGACCAGUACCCAGCACCUACUGGGACGAGUGAUCCAGGGCUGUGGUUAUUCCGUAUGGUCAGAUCUCAGCCAGUGCCAGGAGGCGAGAGAGGCCGUAUCCCAGCUCCAUGAGCCUUCUCACCUACCCUUCUUUUGGUUUCAACCCUUGUUGCUGAAAAUCCUCCUAAAAUGGCCUUUGGAAUCACAGCCCAGUAGGAGGAGGAAGACGGGCAAGAGGCCAGGCCGAUGGCUACCGCCCCAGACCAGGUCCUGAAAUGGGCUUUCUCCUUAAAUCCCUUUUCCUUGGGAUCGUCCUGUUUAAGCAAAAAGACAUUUUGGUUAAUUCAGGAUUCUGCUAAAGACAACAGCAGAUCCUUUCACGUGUGUGCAUUUGCUGGAAACGGGAACAAAGAGCACGGAGGCUCACCUCAGGCUGUCCACGGCUGCCCUGCGGCUGAACCCGUGGUCUCCUUGGCCAGCUCCCCCCUCACCUUGAGCAGUCGCCCUCCGUGGACCUGACUGAGGUAGGGCUGGGGACGCGGCUCACCCCGAGGUUUCCACUCCCUGGAGUAGGUUCAGGUGGCCUGUCAGUUUCCUGAGUUCCCCAGGGACCUUGGGAGAGUUCUCUGAGAUCAGGAUGCAGUCGGGGCUUGAACCCAUAGCAGGCUGUCGGCGUCGGCAGCUCCGGUGAGCGGUGGUGGCAGCGGCAGAAGCAGGGUCAGAGCAGAGGGAGCCUCGGCUCAGCUCUCCUGGGCGGUGAGCCUAUCUCAGUGCAGGCAGCAGAGGUGGCAGAAGCAGGGAUGAAAGGGGCAGGUGGGGGGAGGGGGCAGGGGAAGCGGCCUGCACUGGGCAUCCUGCCCCAACCCCCGCUUUCCAGCUGCCUCCACUGCCUCCGUGACUUAGGGAGGCGGGUGGGCAAACUCCCCCUCGCCACAUCCUCUUCCCAGCCGGGCAGGGCCUGAUCCCGGGGUGUGGUGCCCCAUCUCCACGGCCAAGUCUUCUCGACUGUGGCCUUGGACAGGCUGGUCCCAUGGCCAGCACCACACGGCUCUGCCCCUCACUAGGGGAGAAGUGGUGGACGUUUCUGUUUUUAAAGCACAGCCUUUUAGGGAAACAGCGAAUCACUGAGAACCACUGAGAUUCCCCAAGGGAAUCGGGAGACAGAUGUCCUCUUUUAUCUCUGGAGGGCCACGGGCCAUCGCAGGCAGCUCGGCACCAACCCCCAGGCCAGAACCCCUUCCCCUCUCCGGAGAAGUAACUUUGUUUGCAUAUUUGGGUGCCUUUCAGCUUUUGUUUAUUGAAACGGGCAUUCUGGAAGCAGGAGUCAAGGGGCGGCUUUCAGAGGAGGGCGUGAGUCCCCCGACCUCAGCAUGUGCCCCCGGGAGGCUGAAACCUGGGAGGGGCACCAGGGAAACUGAGCGCAGCCCCCCAGCCCCCCAGCCCCCAGGGUGAAGGCUGGCACCAGGAAGAGCGGGCUCUAGUCCAGGCCUCCCAACCCCAUCCUGUGAAAGGCCCUGGUUUUAGCCAGGAACGGGAUGAAAGCCAAGUGGCAACAGUGCUGAUGCACCAGACUCCAGCCACUGGUGGGCACCCUCAUUACUGAGGCUAAGGACAGCUGCCCCUUCGGGGUCACUGGGGGCCUCCUCAAGUUGACCCUCUGACUUGUACACAGGCCAUCGAGCAGGGAGAGGGUGUCACCCAGGGCUGUGAGCUCUGGGGACCCAGGACAUCCAGCUUGGAUGCCCUCUCACCUCCCACGUCAGCUGACCACCACCAAGGUGAGAUGCGCCAACUGGGUCUGGGUCACACCACCUGUCAGUGUCUGUGAUGGCCCUGGGCCCCUGCCCCGCUUUCGGGGGGACACCAUCUGGCCCCUCCUCCUUGCUUCCCUCCCCCAACCCAGCCUUACUCCACACCACAUGACAAUCAUUUUGUACAGACAGAGGGGGCGACGCUGUAAGGUAAAUUUUGUACAAUGGGGAUUUGUUACCUAGAAAACCCACCGCGUCUCCGGAUUUCUGGCAUAUUAAUAAAAGAGCCUCUGCUUUGUA